UUUCGAUUAAAUAUUAUAUAUCAAACGUGUGAAGUUUUUUGUCACCAUAAGGACAGUUCUAACACAACUUCCACUUACUAUGUGACAGGAGUUAUUCGUUGCUGGCACAGGCACAACUACCUCGACCAUUGAAUGGACAAUGGCAGAACUAUUGAAAAAUCCUGAAGCCAUGAAGAAUGUCCAUCGUGAGAUUGACACUGAAAUCAACGAAGAUUUCCCAAAUAAUUCCCAUUUGAUGCAACUACCUUAUCUUGAAGCGUGUACUAAAGAAACACUGAGGCUGCAUCCUCCUGCACCUUUGCUGCUUCCUCACAGGGCUAUUGAGACCGGCCAAGUAAUGAAUUACACAGUACCCAAAAAUGCUCAAAUAGUCGUAAAUGCUUGGGCUAUUGGGCGCGAUCCAUCUGCAUGGGACAAGCCACUUGAGUUCAGACCAGAGAGAUUUCUUACCUCAAGUUUGGAUUUUAAAGGAAACGACUUUGAAUUCUUACCAUUUAGCGCAGGAAGGAGGAUCUGCCCCGGCCUUCCCAUGGCUGCAAAGACUAUUCCAUUGAUUCUUGCCUCUUUGAUCUAUUUUUUCGACUGGUCUCUCCCACAUGGAAUUAAUCCAAAAGAGCUAAACAUGAGUGAGAAAUUUGGUGUAAUUAUGCAGAUGGAACAUCCAUUGGUGUUGGUUCCAAAGGCCAGAAAAUGAUUACCAUGCGUGGUCAGUUAAUAAGAACUACUUUAGGCUUUUCUACCGAAGCACACAGUAGGCCACAAUUCUUUUCUUCUAAAAAUUCAGGUUAAAUUAAAAUUUUUCUUAUUUCUUUUUUA